AUGACCUACCGCUACACGACUUUGCAGCCUUUCAACGCCCCUGUCAGGUUUCAUUCUAUUCACUGCAAAUGUUACGUGUGUGCGCACCUUGCAGUCGAUCACGCCAAAGCCUUCUCCAACAUCGGUCUUGGGAGGCUCAGUGUUUCCUCUUACACUAACAAGAUCGAUCGUGCUGUGCUGAGCGAAACCGACAAGGCCUCUUUGGUGUGGUGUGACUCUGCAGGCAAGACCAAGGGCUCUGUCGGUUGGCGCCCUCUGAACCAGAAAACACCUUGGCUUCUCAAGAAUGUGACCUGGAAGGAGCUCAAGUAUUCCGCUGUCCAUUAUGGACUCGAGAACCCCUAG